AUGAGUUCUGAAAUCAGUAUUAGACAACUGUUAUAUUUUAAAUCUUAAGAUUCUAGUAUCAACAAUGUCUAAAUAGGCACACCCUUCUAAACCUAAAGAGUUGUCAAAACAACAUAACAUAAAUUGAAUAGAUUUAGAUCUACAGGCUUAAGUGAUUUCAGACUCACAACCAUCCAUACGCAAACACCCACAGUGAAUAACUUUAGAUAUGGUUUCAAAGUAGACUAAUUUUAGAAUGACAACUCUCAAACUCAUUUCUUAGAAGUCUAUGAUCACCCUACCAAAUAUGUCAAUGUAAUACCAAUUUAAUCUAGAGUUAUAUUGCAGAAAGUCGAAAGAAUAUCGCAUAAUUGAGAGACCAAGCCAACUAAAUUAGACUGGAAAUUUCCUCAAUUAAUUCAAGAUAUUAAUAGGAACUGAAGACUAUAGAAAUGAAUUUCAGAGAUAAAAUCAAUGAGAACUAUCGUCAAAUUAAGGAGGACAAUGUCCUAUUUACUACAGAGCAAUACAGAUUGUCCAAAGAAUGUUUAUUAUUGAUGAAAGCCAAAAUGAAUAUGGAAAACGAAUAAUUUAAAUUAACAAAUCGUGUUUUUUAAUUAACAUUAGAAUUAUAAUCAUGA